CAAUGGUAUUCAUGAAGGCUGCAUGUACCUAGACGACAUCAACCUAACAAGCACCUUACGUUGUUCUUCCCUUCCUCGUCUGAACGACGCGAUAGCUAGACAUAUGCGGUGGGAGCGUCAUUCCUACGACGCAGAUACCGGUAGACAUGAUAUCAAAGUAGAUGGCUUUGGCAGCUCCUAGCAGUGAAAUUUUUAGGGUGCUGCUUCAUGUCCCCGUCAGGGCAGAGUCGCAUGGGCAAUCUUGACUAUUCCCAGUUAUUCAAUAUAUCAUUGUAAGGCGCUCAAAGAUACCCGCUUAGCCUCGGGAGAGUGGUAUAGGCACAACAUGGAGCCGGAUAAGGGGUUCGUGGACGUUCAGGACACACUGGAGAUGCUCCGCGAUGCCGUGAACGAGGGGCGUAUGAAUGAAGCGCUCACAACAACUGAUCGGACGAAAGCCACAGCACAGGCGGCCUUGCAGCCAUUCUCCUAUGAUGUCCACGUCAGGCUUGGUAUGGAGCUGCUGGCACUGCGGAGGCAGGAAGCCAACAUGCAAUUGGACACCGAGCAGUUCGGGGAGAAGUUGAAGCGUCGCGCCUUCAUCCGGGAGAUGCUCAAAAGGGUGGCCAAGGAGGAAAACUGGGUGCAGUACCCCGCGAGCGACCUGGAGCGUGCCAGCCGGGCGGCGGGGCGGCCCAGCGGCGCCCGAGGCACCACAGGAGGGGCCGCCAGCGACCCCAGCGGCGGCGGGAGCAGCGAAUGGGGCACUGCGGGCGGAGCGGAGGGCGGCGGACCGGGGGCGCUGGGCCCAGGCGAGGGCGACGGCUCCGAGCCCUCCGCCAUCUACGCGCGCUGGCUGGAGCGACGGCGCCGGGGAGCCGCCCGCAAGACGGCGUUCGGCACCACCCUGGUCCGACCCACGCAGCGGGUGAAGGUGAAGGACAGCCUGAUCCUCAUCUCAUCCCCCGCCGGCGAGGCAGCCAGCAACGAGCAGUCUCCCGAGCGUUGCGGCUCGGCUGGCUCGGGGGCCUCGAGGCUCGAGGAGCGCCCCACCCUGAGCCCCACCUCCUCCGUGGCGGGCUUGGAGCUCGCCGGUCCGGCCUCCAACGUCCGGCCGCCCUCACCUCUGGACGCCGACGGUAUCCCCCGUGAUCAAAACACACGUCACCGCAAGUCCUCUGCCCGCCGCGUGUCGUACUCCCAAGCCGUCCUGCUGGAGGAGUCCAGCCCGCGCGGCCGCAUGGCGCCUGUGGGCUGUGAGGUGAGCCUGCCGCGCGGCGAGGAGGGGGGCUGCAGACGGCUGGGGAGCGUGGAGGAGAUGGCUCUGCAGAACGCUGCGGAGCUGCUUUACCUCGGAAAUGAUGACGCCAACAGCGACGAUGAUGAUGAAGACGAUGAGGGGGAGGAGAACGAGAGUGAGCCUGUGGGCCAGGGCACGCGGAUGCGAUCGCACUCCAACGCUCAGCUGCUAGCGGCGGCGGCGGCGGCCGCACGGAGCAGCAAUACCGGUCAGCCGGGGCGAUUGGGGCGUCGCUCGGCGACCGGCGGCGCGCCGCAGAUCGACUGGCGGACGGCCCUCCGGACGUGUAACGUAACGGCUACACGGCCACCAGUGGGGGAGGCUAGUGUCCUGUCGUGCCACUCGCAAGGCCAGAUUCGUGGGUUGCUGAGUGGGGAGGAGUCGAUGCUAGGGGCGACGUCGCCGGGAGCCGAGGGGUCCUGGCUGGCGAUGAGCUCGACAGCCGCUCAGGACGUUGCGGUGCAACUGGAGGAGCUCGAUGCGGCAGUGGCGGCGGUGGCGGCGGUGGGUGAGGAGCAGCUGCAAGCCUUCGUACAAGCCGCCGCCGCCGCCAGGGCGUCGGCUUCGGCCCGGGCGUCAGCUGACGAGCUCGGGGAACCAACGGCGGAGGAAGGUGGCCUCACGCAGGGGAAAUCGUACGACAGGGUAGCUGCUGCAGCCGUUGAGUCAACCGUGACGGCGGCGGCGGAGCGUCUGCAGGUCACGUUGGCUUGUUACCGCGCUGCGCACGAUGCCGGGAUGGCGGCGAUCUCGGCGCAACCUGAGACGCAGGAGCAGCUGCGGCUGCUUCGGGAGUGGGAGGACGGCACCGUUCAUCGGCGCCUGGCGGCGGCAUUGGAGACGCUAGCGGAGCUGCGACAGCGACUAGACGGCGCCGCCGCCGCCGCUGCUUCCGACUCGCCGUCGGCGCUGCAGAUUCUAAUGAGCGGCUGCGCCGCCGCGGCGGAGGACAUGAAGAAGAUGAGUGCGGAGGUGACGGCGGCGGAGGCGGAGGCAGCAGAGAGGCAAGCGGAGCGGGAGCGGCGGCGCGCGGCGCUGCGGCUGAUUGAGCUGGAGUGUGUACGGGUGGCGGAGGAGAUGGCAGCGCGGGAGGAGACGGAGCGGCUGGCGCAGCUGAUGGCGGCGGAAGCUGAGGAGCAGCGGCGCAUGGCUGAGGCACAGAGCGAGGCGGAGGCCAAGCAGCAUGCGCUCAUGGCCGCAAUCCUGAUGGGCGAAGAGGAGUGGGUGCUGGAGAAGGAGGCGCGGCUGGCCGCCCUCCGUGCGGCACAGCGGGACGAGCAGCGACUGGCGACGUUGCGGGCGGCGGAGGAGGACAAGGCACGUGCUGCGGAGCGGACGGGGAAGAAGUACGACAAGAGCCUGUUGGAGGAACUCCAGGAGCUGGAGGGCAUUGCGAAGCUGGAGGCGGCCAACCGCAAGGAGCGGCUGGAGGAGGCGGUGCGGGAGCUGCAGCAGUUCAUGAAGCUGCGUCAGCAAGAGCAGGAGCGGCAGGGGAGGGAGAGCAGCGUGGGAGGUGGCGGUGCCGGUACGGGAUCGGUAACAAAGCCGGUAGGGGAGGAAGAGAGCGAGGCCGUCGACACCGCAAUCGAUGCAGCCGCUCACGUGGGUCGGGUUACUGCGGCAACGGAAGACAGGGAGGUGGUAGCGGCGGUGGGUGGAAAGGUUCAGGUGAAGGCGGUGGUACCGCCGCCGCCGCUGGAGCUGUCGUCGGCAGCGGUAGGGCUGCAGGUCGCGGCGACAGGUCCGAUUGUGGCUGUGAGCGGCGAGGGUGAUGGGCCUGGUGGUGAUGGGGAGGUGGUGGUGGGGCCGCGCACGCCGCCUGCUGCUGCGGUGGAUGCGGCUGCUGCGCUGGGGAUGGGUGCUGCUGAGGGUGAGGGUGAGGGAGGAGUUGCCGUCACGUCUGACCCCGCUCGGUCUCCGCAACUGGAGGAGCUGGUGGAGGUGGCGGCGGCGUCGUCACCGCCGCCACAACCUCACUCGCCGGUGCCGCCGCCGCAACCCAUCCCAUCCCAACCAUCCAAGCCUCCGACGUCACCGCAACCAUCAACCACCCCGUCUGCAACCGCCCAACCGCCGCCUUCGCCACACUCCGCGCACUCCUCUCCCUCCUCCUCGCGGCCUACGUCGGCACAAUCAUCCCAAGCCUCAACAUCCCAGCCGCCCUCGCCUGGACGCAAUCGGUUAACCGACUCCCAACCGCCAUCGCCACGUUCCUCACAACCACCAUCUCCGCCGUCCUGGCAGGCGCUUUCAUCAUCCCCAUCAUCACCACCACGGUACCAACCGUCGCCGUCGCCGUCAGGGUCCUCUGCUGCCUCUCCAAUGUCGGUAGCGCCCUCACCACCGCAGCAGCCGCAGCACCCCCUCUCACCUCGACAGCCGCAGGAGCCGCACUCCCCGCAACCAGCUGUAAGAGAGGCACGGACGCUGUCCCUGACUCCAUGGCUGCAGCAACAACCCGACACCGCAGCAGCGCAGCCGGCAACGCCACGCUCCCCCGCACAAGCAGCCUCGCAGGAGCGUUCGCAGCCGCCGUACCCGCAAGCGGCAUCCCCGACACCCUCCUCACAGCCCUCAGCAUCGCAAUCCCCCGAGCCCGGUACUUCUCCUGGUGCUACUCGUGAAGAAGGAGACAAGGAGCUAGAGGAACGCCGGUCGCAGCAGCCAAGGCAGCUGGCAUCGUCAUCAUCAUCGCUACCGCCGCAGCCCUCCUCCCCGCCGCCAAACCAACAUCGACACCCCCAACCGCCGCUGGCGCAGCCUCCUGGCCCCUCCGCCUCCGCCUCUGCCUGCUCGCUGCUAACCGCACGGACGCGAUGCUCCAACACCGGACUCGCUGCCACCACCCUCACCCUCGACCUCACAACAUCAACCAGCAGCAGCAGCUGCGGCUACGGCGGCGGAGGUGGCGGUGCCUCGGCCCCGGACUCUCGACGGGGCAGCCGCACCUCCCUGCCCGCGGGCCCAACCUACUCCGCAGCCCCUCCCAGCAGCGCAGCCGCGACCACAUCACCCACAGCCAACACCUACCACCAUGCCAUCAGCAGCCCCAUCCCCGUCCGGCCGCUCCUGCAAGGCAGACCCAGCCCGCACCAGCAUGCAGGUCUGGCUG